CAGAGGACUCGCUCUUGAUUGGUUUUGUUUCGCUCAUAUCCCAUGAUGCACCGGAACUCUUCCUCCUUUCUCUGCGGCCAUUUUCUCCCUGUGGAGGUAUGUUGCUGUGAUUCUCCUGCUCUAGCGAUUCAAUCCGGUGCCAUCCUCGGUCUCUGUCCGCCGCUUUGUGUUUUGAUUGGCAGCGAUGGGUUCCCCGAUUACCGGGCCGAUAUUUUGCGGGGUUGUUUGCGGGCGAUGUGACUGCUGGCUCUGCUUUAAAGGGCUCGCUCCCCGCCUGGGCCUAAUGGCAGUAGGAGCUGGCAGCACGGGAUCUGUAAUGUACCGGGAAUGGGAGCUGCUGGCCAGCGGAGCUUACACUCUAAUAUAUGGAAGUUGUAUGGGUCCCACUCCCCGGUAAGGCUGAGACACCCCAUUUCAGAGACCUAUAUCGCGCCGUGUGCUGUGGCCCCCUUCUGAGCUGGCAGCCCCCCCUGGACGAGUCCUGUGGCCCAGGCCGGUAUUGCCAUACCCUAUAAGUAGCUUUAUUCUAGCUAUGCGUGCAGUGUGGGCUGUUAAAACUCUUGUUGUAAUGUUAUAAAAAAUUUACAAACUGAUUUUCUCUAGAGCUGGUAUGUUGCAUCUCAUCCACUGUAUCUGUGAUCACUUUUAUACAGUUCUGGGGUUUCCUGUGCCAGGAUAGCAUUGCUGGGGCCUAGGUGACUUAUACUGGUGACUGACUGUGUGUAUAGCAUUCACAUGCUGGGGCCUAGGUGACUUAUACUGGUGACUGACUGUGUGUGUAGCAUUCACAUGCUGGGGCCUAGGUGACUUAUACUGGUGACUGACUGUGUAUAGCAUUCACAUGCUGGGGCCUAGGUGACUUAUACUGGUGACUGACUGUGUGUGUGUGUGUAGCUUUCACAUGCUGGGGCCUAGGUGACUUAUACUGGCGACUGACUGUGUGUAGCAUUCACAUGCUGGGGCCUAGGUGACUUAUACUGGCGACUGACUGUGUGUGUGUAGCAUUCACAUGCUGGGGCCUAGGGGACUUAUACUGGCGACUGACUAUGUGUGUGUGUAGCAUUCACAUGCUGGGGCCUAGGGGACUUAUACUGGCGACUGACUGUGUGUGUAGCAUUCAUAUGCUGGGGCCUAGGGGGACUUAUACUGGCGACUGACUGUGUGUGUGUGUGUGUGUGUGUGUGUGUGUGUGUAUAUAUAUAUAUAUAUAUAUAUAUAUAUAUAUAUAUAUAUAUAUAUAUAUAUAUAUAUAUAUAUAUAUAUUCUCAUUGCUUGAGUGAUUAGGCUGCAAUGCUGCCCAAAUAAAACUGUCUUGGUAAAUUUUGGUCAGUGUAUGUUUAAUUUCUAUUAUUUCUUGAGUACCCAUGUAUGUUUUCAACGUGGUUUUGUUUUUGCUCGGACAUGCUUUGGACCUGUGGAACAUACAUGAUUUCCUAAAUGUCUGUCUACUAGCAGUGAUACCAGCUCUAUUGAGUUAAAGGGACACUAUAGUUACCAGUACCACUACUGCUUUACGUAGUGGUUCUGGUGUCUAUAGCCUGUCCAUGUAAACGCUGACUUUUUAGCGAAAAGGCAGUGAUUACAUUGCUGCCCAGUAACCUAUCUACUGGCAGACAAUCAGAUGGCCAUUAGAGGUGCUGCAGAGUGUGCAAUGCUGGCGUUUAGCAUCUCCAGACUGCAUGGAGACGCUCAAUGUUCCCCAUAGAGAUGCAUUGAUUCAAUGCAUCUCAAUGAAGAGCUGCUGAUUGGCACAGCAUGCCAAUUCUUUUAAGUUCACAAGCUCAUUGUAGAUAGGUUAUAGAGCUGUUGCUCUAUUUUAGAAUCCUCUCCUGCAGAAUGCUUCCCUCUGACCCCCUAUAUUUAAAAUGAGGCUUGUUAAUUUUUCUCAUUCUAUGUAUGCUAUUCUUAACAAAUUUCUUUUUUUCAGGGAAUAAGUCGCCAUGGCCCCCAGCCGGAAUGGCAUGAUUUUGAAGCCCCACUUCCAUAAGGAUUGGCAAAGACGUGUGGCCACUUGGUUUAACCAACCAGCCAGAAAGCUUCGUAGGUGAGGAGCCAUCUUUACGCAUUGUAGUGCAGAGAGCCAUUUUUGUCCUUUUUCCUGCCAUGUACACUGAACAUUUGUAUUUAUUGUAUGCUGAUCUACAGUCAGAUGAUGACACUUUCUCCGGAAUCGCUGUAUUUCUGUGAUGAAUAUACAUUUGAACCCCUUUUCAGCUGAUGACUGUAAAUUAGCAUUAGUGGUAAAAACUGCCACUUAAAGUGCAGUGCUUUGCAGCCUCUCCAGUAAAUCUUUUUAGGAAUUUUUGUUUAUUGUAAAAGUGUUGCUUAGGGUUAAGAUUUAAAGAUAUUCAGCAUUUUCUGCAAAAAAUCAUACAGGUGUCAAGUCUGUAUAGAUCAUGGAAACGGAAAAAUAUAACUUAUUUUUUUUCUCUUCAAGUUGUUGGAGCUAUAAAAGAUGCUUUGUUUGUGUCUUGAUUAGAAAUGGGUUUUAGUCACCCUGUGUGCAGCAGUAUAUGUAAAAUGAGCCAUAGUGCCUGACUAUUUUGAAGGACAAGGCAAUCUGGGUAAAUCUUCAAAGUAGGAGCUUUUUUUUUUUUUUUUUUUUUUUUUUUUUUUUUUUUUUUUUUUUUUUUUUUUGUGUGUGUAAUUUGCUACUUUUAGCAAUGGCAUUUUCACUAGAAAACUCCUUUUAAAGGGACACUAGGCACUUUUAACAAAAGUUUAUUGAAAUUGUUAUAGUAUCUGCAGUCCUAUCCCCCAUACAACUUAGUUCGUUAGUAAGAGGGCUUUCGAACUGUGGCUUCAAGUCUUGCCUCCAAGACCUCUGGGGAUGAGAGCCUGGAUAUACUCUCAUCUUUCUCAACUUUCACCGUAAUAUACUGUGCAGUGACGGUUGGCCAUAGUGAAUCAUUGUAUUAAAUGAUUCUAGAUGGUGAAGUCUGAUGGGCAUUUUGGCAUGCGCCUAAGGUCCACAGUGCUCCUUUGAGGAGCAUUGGAUUGGUCCGUCAUCCAGGAUGACUCCACCCGUAGAAUAGGUUAGGGCAGCAGAGGAAAGGUGAGUAAUUUGUUAUAUAUAUAUUAUUUUUUAAAUUCUUUUUGUAGUGCAUAGAUAAUCACACAAGUUUGUAAGGACAUAUCAACAAUAGUUAAAGCUUCAAGGAAGAUUACAUAUCUCACAGGACAUGUAGAGAGGCUUGCACUUAAAAAAAAAAAAUAAUAAAAAAUAAAAAUACAUCUGUGGAACAGUAAUGUGUAAAUUGUUUUCCUUUUACACUGGGAGACUAGGGCUAAUUGGUGGCAUCAGGGCUGUAGUGUUGGUAAAACCCGUGUAUAUUCCUUUAAAGCUAAAUGGCAUCAGAUGCGUGUGUAUUAAAGUGUACUUAUUUCCUUCAUAGACGAAAGGCACGUCAGGCCAAAGCCCGCCGCAUAGCUCCACGACCUGUUUCAGGGCCUAUCAGACCGGUGGUGAGAUGUCCCACUGUCAGAUACCACACUAAAGUGAGGGCUGGCAGAGGUUUCAGCCUUGAAGAACUUAAGGUACAUAAAUGUGAAAAGCCGAUGUCAUUGCUGAAAUGUAAGGACUUUAAAGAUUUGUGGUGUUGCACUGGUGUUCUAUAAGGACAUUUGGCUACUUAGUGCUAGAAGUCACAUGAUGACAAAUCUCCGGAAUCUCUGUAACUCUGUGAUGAUUACUUUGAACCCUUUUGUCUGAUGACUUUGCUCUUGUUUUGUGUUUGCACAAAAGGAACAUUAAAGCAAUCUCACAUGAGCUCUCUUCAUCACAUAGGCAGCUGGCAUCAACAAGAGAGUGGCACGCACCAUUGGCAUCUCUGUGGAUAAGAGGCGCCGCAAUAAAUCUACAGAAUCCUUGCAGACUAAUGUGCAGAGGCUGAAGGAAUACCGUUCCAAACUGAUCAUCUUCCCACGCAAACCUUCUGCUCCUAAGAAGGGAGACAGCUCUGUAAGUAUCAAACCCCCACCCUGAGUUGAUAUACCAUUUAAUAUUAAACUCCUAGUGCUAAAUGUAAAUGGCUGCUUGACAGCUUGGGCUUCCACUGUUUUACUUGAGAGAUCUGACUGCCAUUUUUAGGGUCGAAAAGGAAAUUUUGUUUUUAUUUUUUUCCAUUGUUGCAAAACUGUAAAGUGCUUCAAACUGGUUUUGUUUAUUUUGCCUUUUCGAUCAGCAGCAGAAAAGGAUGUUGGUGAAGCUGAACUUGAUGGAUGCAGAUUAUUUAUUUUCCACCCUCCCCCCCUCUCUUCCCACACUAUGCAACCAUGGAUGUUGUCAGCUACAGUAGACUUCUUAUGGAAGUUUUUUUUUUUCCUGAUUUGAGUGUUUUUGGAAGCCACUAAUAUAUGUACAUGCACUUUUUACAGUCACAUGAUGACAAUACUCCGGAAUCUCUGUAUAUUCUGUGAUGAUAUGUGUUGAACCCUUUUCCAGCUGAUGACUGUAAAUAUGAAAUCACACUGUAAAAAUGUCCUUGUCUCAUCAAUCCUUUUAACAUUUGUGUUUUGCUUAACACCAUUCAGGCUGAAGAGUUGAAGAUGGCCACACAGCUGACUGGACCGAUUAUGCCAAUCCGCAGCGUAAGUUCACUUAACAUACAGCUUUGAAAAUGGUUUGCUUAUUAAGUCUGUUUUCCUCUGGUUUUUAACUUGCUUUGUGUCUUCUCUUUAUGUUGCUAUAUCCUGUUCAGUUUCCGGUCUACUGGCAUAUUGCUGUGAACCUAUACAUUAGUUCAGUUUAUGAGUGCAGCCCUCAAUAAUAUGCACCUUAACGUAAUACAUGCUUACCUAGCCUAUGAUUGCUUAUUUUGAUUACACUCCCUAUAGAAAAGUACAUAAUAAAACUAAUGCCCCUUUAAACUAACUUUUUAUGCUCAUCUGAAAGGGUCUUGCCAUCCAUGUGCUUGUAGUCCUGAUGUCUGCCCUUGGUAUACCCUUCUGGUUAUCAGAUUUAUAAAGUUCUACACCCCCACCCUCUCCUUUCUGGGCUUGCUUUCUAGUCCGUAAAAAACGAUGGCUUGUUCACUGUCGCUUUGUUGUCUUUAAGAGCUUGUUGCUGUUGCACUAUUUCUGUUUGAACUUUUUAACUCUGUAUUUAGACUGAACUAACCACUUCAUCUGGUCUCUUUAGGUCUUCAAGAAAGAAAAGGCAAGAGUCAUCACCGAGGAAGAAAAGAACUUCAAAGCUUUUGCCAGCUUGCGUAUGGCUCGUGCCAAUGCAAGGCUAUUUGGUCUCCGUGCCAAGCGGGCAAAGGAAGCUGCCGAGCAGGAUGUGGACAAGAAAAAGUAAACUUAUUCCUGGAACUGUUAAUAAUAAAAAACAAAACCUCAAAUAUUGUCCUUCUUGGGUCUUAUUUUUUUUCUCCCCUCAUUAAGGUAAAUAAUGGCCUUUUAAUACCUG